CCGAAUCAAGGAAUAUUAUAGAAUCAACCAAAUUAAAUUUAUUGAUUGUCGAGGAGGUUUCCCCCACCCCCACAAAUAAAAUAAUAGUCCAUAUUAUCUUCUAGCCAAGAAUCGUUUGAUGUUAUCAAAAAUUGCAAAUUCAAAGCUCUAAAAAUAAUUAGGCUGCUCGGUAUGCCUAUUCCGUAUAAACCUCUCGCAAUGUUGAUAACCGAGGGAUGUUUUGUGUUGGGUAGUUGCCGAGACGAGUAUUAUGACUGUACAAAGAGAACUGCUACGAGUUAUCUGGUUUUUAUUGGUGUGAAUAUCACAUAAGUGUUUGUACUUUUUCAAGAUCUAUGCCUUUAGCUAAACGGAGAAAAGUUUUAAAUGAGGACUGUGCCGUAAAGGAUGCAUCUGGAAAUCGGGUGAGUGUUACAACACAGGAUGUUGCACAAGAAGAAGUGGAUAAGAGAUGCACAGUGACAGAUGAUGCAAAAACACAAAAUUUUCCAACUUUAGAACGGCGAUCAAGACACACAAGUCGUUCAGAUGAAAGUGCUGUAACAGACGAUGAAAAACCAUCAACCCCGUCAACAAGUGUUGCCACCACCAGUGUGCCUCUGAGAAGCAGUACAAGAGUAAUAAGGAAAACAAGAAAAGAUUUUAGCCCCCCUGAAUCACCUGUUAAAAAAACAGCUAAAGAAACAAAGGUCACAACACCAUUAAUUAAAACAAAAAGAGGCUGGGAGCUAUGGAGUACUGAAGAUAAAAAUAUAUUCUUUGAAGCCCUUUUUGAGUAUGGGAAAGAUUUUGAUGCUAUCCAAACUAUGUUAGUACAGAGAGGGAAGAAAAGAGGUCUAACACCAGAAUUAUUGAAGAGAAAAGAUCAAGUUCGCUUUUUAUAUUACAGAACAUGGCAUAAAAUUGCUAAAUUUAUCAAUAUUUCUAAAGAUGUGAGAAAGGAAACACAAGAACUGUAUGGUCUUAUCAACUAUGGUAUUUUUCGUAAAACAGUAAAAGGUUUAAAUGAAAAGACUGCAGUGAAACUGAAUGAGUUAAUUAAUAAAGGCUACACAACUCUAAGAAUAAAAGGAAAGACAAAGAAAUUGAAAACACCAGUUUGUAGUGCACUGAAGAAGAUAAAUGGACUUUUUGGAAAUGAGAAUAGAGAAGUCCAUCAAGCUCAUCAAGUACCAGAAAAAAUUACCGUAGAGCUUUGUCCACGAACCAAUAAAGCCUGGUCACAAGUUCAAUCUAUUUCUCAAAACCCUCGUCUGCGCAUGAAUUUAAUGUCCGAUAGAACUCUCGGAGCUGUCUUAGAAUACUUGAAUAAAAAAUGGAAGAGUCAUCGUGUCAGAGUGUUGGAGAAUAUGGAUCAAUGUGAAGUAAAUAAAGAUGAUUUGACAAUAUUUCCCAGUAGACAUUGUAAAUUGAACCAAGCUAUAACCAUGUUACCACAAAGUGUUCCCAGAUUAGAUCUAACACUCUCUAAUUAUAAAGAAAACUUUUUGAAUUCACCAAGUGUAAAUAAAGGGAAAUCUGUGAUUCCAGUAGUGGAUGAAAGUGUAAAAGUUGUUUGUGAUAAUUCUAGUGAACCCAGUGUGCAAAUGAUCAACCAGACGACACCACCAAAACAAAUAAACAAAACACCACCUGGUAAAUCAAAAGACUUACCUGAAGAACAGCUGUCCAUUAAGUCGGAUACAGUUCCGUUCUUAGAAGAUGAAAAUGCUGUAUUUCCGGACAACUUGUUCUCUAAUUGUGAUUCUGUACCUAGUACAUCAUCAACUGAAAAUAAUAAUAAAACUUCUAAGGGUUCAACCAGUGAGAGCCCCAUGCAAAGUGCAAAUACACCACAAGGCAAAACGAACUGUGAUGAAAGUCAUGAUUCCGUUCAGGAAAAACUUCAGAAACUGUAUGAAGAUUCAAAGCAAGGAUGGACUGCUGAAACAGGCAAAAAUGUUACCUUAGCUCAGCUAAUGCUCAUGUGCGGGAAAGACAAAAAGUUAUUCUUGGAGUAUGAAUGGUGUCCUAAGACAGUUAGUAAUGAACUUCUCACAAAUAAUUUAGCAAAUAUGUUACGGAGAUUGGCUCAUUUGGCAGCAACAGAGUUCUCAGACUUUUCAAAUACAAAAUCAAAAUCGCACUCAUCCAAAACUACUCCUUGUUCUAUGUGUGGAACUGUUGCUUCAAGAUCAAAAGUUCAAACAGCUAACAAGGGUGUUAAUACAAGAACCAAAUGUAUUAAAACAAUAGAAGAAGAACCACCAGAGAGUAUGAUGAAUACAGUCUCACAUGAUGGUAUGACUGGGAAUAUGAUUUCACCAGAUAUUUCUGUUGUUAACCCAUGUGCAAGUCAGGUUAUGGCCACUCAGAUACCUAUAUCACAACAAAAUGGUGUAUUUAGAGUACCUAUGGCUGUACCAUUACGUGGAUGUGGUGGUCAACAAACACGAGUUUCACAGGCAGCAGUUAAUCAAUUAAUACGACCACCUGAACCAAAAGCUAAUUUUCUUAUACCACGUAAAAGAAAGAAACAGCGGAAUAAGUCCAUCAUCAUUCAGCGAACACUUUUACCGAAAACAACAAAAGAACAAGCUUUUACUAUCAUGUCAAAUUUACCAUCUAACCAACAACAGUUAUUAACAAACAGUGGUACAACUUUACCUUUAAACCAAGGCAGUGUUAUCACCCAACCUUUUUCUCCAAUAAGUCUCAACUCAUCUUUACAAACAGCUCAACCUAGUCCACCUAUAUUACCUAUAAUAACAGGUAUGGGUGAAAAUCCGUCGACUAUAUCGGUUCCAGUUACAGAAACGGUUACUAUAGAAACAGGACAGUUGGAUCUAAUACAACAGAAGAACCGUGAAGAAAAUCUCUCGAUAGAUAUCCCCUUUAAUAAUAAUAUGCAACAGUCUGUGUUAAGAAUAGAUAAUACAGUUACAUGUAGUAAUUCAAGUAGUGGAUUAUCUAGUAUGUUAUCUUCACCUGUCAAAGAUAGGAUGCAAUCAAUCAGACAUACAUCACCACCUAAUCUAUCAACAUUAUUAGACAUGUCAUUACCUGGACCCCCUAAUGGAGCUGAUAACAGUACAGCUGAAAAAUUACUUGAUAUUGCUCUGGUUAAUUCUAAUUCAGGAUUUGCAACCUUUCUAGAUACUCCUAUCAAGAGCAGUAAAAGUGAUUUAUUAUUAAAAACAUCAACAUACCCUGAUAGAAGUAAUAUAUCGCCACCAACCAGUCCUAAUCCUACCCUACUAAAACUUGGUUUCUCAGCUUCAGAUGUUCAGUGGUUAAAUGGAGAGGGACAAGACAUAUCGUUGAGCAGUUUUUUGACUGAUUCACCAUUGAAAAAGAAUACAGGCAGCUCCUCCAACUCUAAUAGUUUUGGACCACCACAAAAUAUCUUCAGCGAACACUCUCAGGAUUCUCUAGUAGAGACGUCUUUUCAGUCUAUGAUGAAUGAAAGUAGUAUAGAUUUAGUCAGCAAGUUUGCUAAAUUAGCUGAUCACAUAGCUGGUCCACAAGAUAAAACGUAGUCAAAAUAUAAUACAGUUACCUUGUACACAAUAGAUAGUUACUAUAUAGUUACAAUACUUACAUGUUCAUACUGCACAUUACACAAAAUAGUCACACUAAUAUUACUAUAGUAAUAUAUAGUCUUUGCAGUUCAAGAAAAAUACAUUUUAGUAGUUAUGUUCAUAAUGAACUUAGAUAAAUUAAUAGAUUUUGUAAAAAAAAAGGUAAUAGUAAAUGAUUUUGAUUGGAGUGUGUUUUUUCAAUGUACUGGUAUACAAUUUAUUUCUGAAAUAAGGAUUGUUUGAUUUUUUUUUUUUUCAUAUAUGAUUUGCAAACAGUUGUGAUAUAGAUAUCAGUUGGUUGAUUUUGUAUGUAUUUAAUUGUUAAUUCUUAUUAUAUGAGCCAUCUACUUUAUAAAUCAGAGAUAUCAGUUUAAUUCAAAACAAAGCAAUAACCUACUAUAAAAUCCUUACCACUAAACUUAGUGUUAUCUGCGGUUGCUUUAAAUUUAUUUCAGAAUAAUAUAUUCCCACAAAUAAAAGUUAUCAAAAAUUCAGCUGUGAAUGUAAAGAACCCAGCCAUUACAUCAUAAAUGAAACCAAUUUGAUUUUCAGUGGGUUUGUGAAAUUAUUUUAGCAAUUUAGGAUCAACAGAUAUUUGGGUGUUUGGAUAAACCACAUGUUGGUAAAUUUGAAAUGGCAAUAAAAUGGAUCUCCAUAUCAUGAUUGAUGUCGUAAGAGUACUGUCACAGGAAUUUGAGUUUUAUAUUCAGUCACAUCGUAUUUACAGGUUUUCUUUAAAAAUGUGGAUCUGUUGAUAGAGAUGUUGAUAAUUAUUCUAUAAAAUCAACGACAAUGUAAAUCGGCUACAUAAUUGAAAUAGGACCUACUAGAUUUUUAUAGUUUGUUGAAUUAACAAAAAGGCCUCAAUGUGCAAAAGCUUCGAUGUUUUUUUUAAUUAAAUUAAAACCUUUUUGUACCUUAAUUACAGAUAAUUCCAACAUGUGUCAAGUUUUCAUAUUUUUCUCAGCUUAGGUAAUAUUGAUUUAUUGAAAAAUUAUUAUAUUUUGUUUAAUAUAUAUACGUAAAGUAUUUUCUGUCAGUAAGUUGUGUUGCGGCUUGCUGUGUACAAUUUAAUUGCGUAUUAAUGUGAUAUGUAAAAUAUUAUUUAUUCUUACAAUAUUGGAAUGUGUCCCAAAUGUUACUUAAUAUUAAUCAGUAUUCAAGAUUAAAAAGGGCAUAUCUUGCCUUUUAUUACUUUAAGUUAUGUUAUUUCCAAGUUAAUAUUGUAUUAAAAGCUUCAAUUUUUAAUAGCAUAUUUUUUUUUUUUUCUAUUUUUAUUUAUUUAAGACAAAGUAUUCAGCUUAAAACUAUAUAUGAUUUACAUGACAGUUUAUAUUGCAGUCAUCAUUUAAUGAACCAUAGCAUGUUAAUAUUGACAUUUACCAAUAAUAUUUAUACUAUCCUUGAGAACCAUGUCAGAUUAAAAUAUUUAUUGAAUGAAAUUGGCAUGGAAAAUGGUUGUUUAUUUUAUGAUGCUAGAUGGCCUAAUAUUAAUUUGAUUAGCCUAUUUUGUUUUGCUUAUAAUAUUUCUUGAAUAAUUUUUAUACGCCCAUAUUUUCAUGUUGACUUAUAUUGUUGUCACCCCUGUUCGUCCGAAGGUUCCCAUUUUGUUUGUAGACACUCGACAGGUCAAAAUUUUAUCCAUUUUUGACGAAACUUGAAAUUUGGGUUUAUAUCCCAAAAAUCUUGGUUCCUUUUGAUAUGGGCAUUUAUCGGACCGUUAUUUCAUGGAUUAUGGCCCCUGAAUGUACGAAAAAUCACGUUUUUAGCUUGUGGACACUCUAGAGGUCACAAUUUUUAUCCAAUUUUGAUGAAACUUAAAAUAUAUUUUUAUAUCUCGAAGACCUUCUUUGUUCUGAUAUGGAUGCAUGUUGGACUGUAACAUCCUGGACUAUGGCCCUUUAUUGUACGAAAAUCGCUUUUAGCUCGUUCUCUGUCCGUCUGUUACAAAAUGUGGGCAUAUCUUGUAUGGCAACCGCUUGUUAUACAGUCCUUUGGUUUUUUGUUCUGAAUCAUUUGUGAUUUUUUUCUUAUCCUUAAAACCAAAGAACUGUAUAUUUUCCUGUUCUAAAGUAACAGUUUAACUGUUUUGUUUCUUUAAAAUCGAUAUAUUUUGAACGCUCAUUAAAGCAAUACCAAGAAGA